ACUGCAACAGCUAUAUAUGGUUGAAAUGACAAUAAAAAGCUUCUUGACUUGACUUGACUUGACUUGACAGCAGCAUAUACGUCAACCAUGAUUGCGAAAAGAAUUGGAGUGAUAGGAUUUUUAUCCGUUUUAUCGAGCUAUGUCUUGGAAAUUGCAUCGGGGCAGAUCGUGUACAGUAUAUUAGAGGAGGUGAAAGUUGGCACUACAGUGGGAAAUAUAACCAAAGAUAUUAACCUCUCUUUAAAAGAACUAAAAUCUCGUGAAUUCCGCCUCGUUUCCGGUGCUAAAAAGCAAUACAUGAGAGUGGAAACAGACACAGGCGUGCUGCGGGUAAACGAACGGAUUGACAGAGAGGAGCUUUGUGAGUCCGCUGUCUCUUGCUCAUUUAAUUUAGAAGCUUUGGCUAAUAGUCCCCUACAGCUUUACCAGGUAAGAAUAAAUAUUGUCGACGUUAACGAUAAUUUUCCUGUUUUUCCUGUUAGUUCAACUUAUCUAAAUAUCACUGAAAUUACUGGUACUGGGGCGCGCUUCCCUGUGCAGAGCGCGCAUGACGCAGACAUUGGUGUCAACUCUGUGAAAAUGUAUAAGAUCGAUUCUAACGAAUAUUUUAUAUUAGAUUUGCAGACACAGAGCGACAAAACUAUCUCCACUGAACUGGUGCUUGUUAAAGCACUGGACAGAGAAAAAAUUCCUAAUCUUGACCUUUUAAUUACUGCCGUUGAUGGCGGAUCUCCUGCUUUGACAGGGACUUUAACUAUUAAAGUAAAUAUUCUUGAUGUUAAUGACAAUGCACCUGUAUUUACUAAAUCUUUAUACAAAGUCUCUGUAGCCGAAGAUACUACUGUUGGGACCACAAUUAUCAGUGUACAGGCCAAAGAUUUGGACGAAGGCUUAAACGGCGAAAUAAUGUAUUCUUUUAUGAGUCACACGUCCCAAAAUAUUAUGAACAGGUUUGAGAUAGACAGUGAAAGCGGCAAUGUAAAAAUAAAAAGCGAAAUUGAUUAUGAAGAAAAUAAUGCCUUUGAGAUUCGUUCAAGCCAUAGAUAAGGGUACUGUGGCUAUGUCGGGACAUACCAAGCUGUUAGUAGAGGUUUUAGAUGUAAAUGAUAACCAGCCGAUCGUGACUGUGACGUCACUUCUUAACCCAAUAGAGGAGAACGCGGCAAAGGGCACGGUUGUUGCUUUAAUUACAGUAUCAGAUACGGACUCCGGAAAAAAACGGCGCAGUUAAUUGUCGACUUGAAGGUCCCAGUCCAUUUAAAUUGCAUUUAGCGUUCCAGAACUACUAUUCACUGAUCUUAGAUGACGGACUCGAUCGAGAAAAAGAUGCAGAGUAUAAUAUCAAAGUUAUAGCAGUGGAUGAAGGAACCCAGCCUCUAUACAAUACAAAAGUAAUAAACGUCAAAGUAG